AUGAAUUCUGCUAAUACCAACAUACAAUUACCAUCUAUAAAAUCAUUAUUGAAUUCUAUAGAUGUACAACCAACUGUUUCAGAACAACCAUCCCACCAAGAUAUAAAACAGAAAAAUGAAAGUCCGUUGAGUUUGCUAGCUAGUACUAGUAAUGAUUUAAUGAAUAAAAAAUUUAUGGUUCCUAUUAGUUCACCAAGACCAACAUUACAACCAAUACAUUCUCAUUCUCAUCAUCAUCAUCAAAUUCCACUAACUAGCCAAACUUUUAAUAGUAUCCCUAAACUUUCAUCUCCACCAAAUUAUAUUACCACACAAACAGAAAACAGUACACCAUCAAUAAGCGAUGAAAGUAUUAGUCCUGCACCUUCCAUUAUAAAACAGGAUACACCUGUAGAGAGUGAUACACAAAUUAGGAGAAAAAGUGAAUCAAUGAAUAAGAAAACAAUUGAUAGAAGACAAUCGAGAUCUAAUUUACCAAAGGAAACGAUACAAGUAUUAAACUCUUGGCUAUUGAACCAUUUAAAUAAUCCAUACCCAACUGCUCAAGAAAAGAGAGAACUGUUAAUUAAAACGGGGUUGACAAAGAUUCAACUUUCUAAUUGGUUUAUUAACGUAAGAAGAAGAAAAAUAUUUAAUGAUUAUUAUAACUUGGCAAAGAGACAAAACGAUGGUAGUCCAUCUUUUCAUAAUGAUUAUGUUCAGGAUAGCGGUGAAAAUAUGUCUACUGAAGUUCCUUUAACAAGAAGGAAAAAACUUAUUGAUAGAUUAAGAGAGUUGAAGAAAUUAACUAAAGAGGAUGAAUAA